AUGUCGCCCUCGCGUCGCCGCCCCCGGCCACCAGCGGACGAGGAGGCUCCCACGGCGCCGCCGCUACCGCCACCAACCCCGAGCCGCCGGGGUCAUUGGCUCGCGCGCCGCGGGGCACGCCGGGACCGCCGCGCUGCACGCCGGGAUCGCCGCGCUGCACGCCGGGAGCCUGGAGGACCCCGGGGCUCGGGUCUGGUGUCAUCGCCUCCACUCCUGGCCCCGGUCUCCAGUGCGCGGCUCGUCUGCGACAGGAGCGCGGACGCUCGGUCCCCGCGCUCUCGGGCCCCGGCCCCCGCCCCGGCGGUCCCGCCCACGCCCAUGAUUGGACGGCGGAGGCCACGCCCACCGCGCCGGGCCGCCUUGGAUUGUGAAAGUUCAGGACACCAGAGCCAAGCAGAGGCCCUGGAGGAACAAGGGGCUGAGGUGCGAAUAAUCCUGCCCAAUGGUCCCGCUGCCAUCAGGCUCGAUAGCUUUCUUGAGCGCCCUUUGCGAGCAAGAGGCGCCAUUUUGGAGGUUGGGGAGGAGAUUAAUUGCUCCUGCUCUCCUGGCCAGAGUGGGAAGCUGUGGGGUGGCCGCUUUGUGGGUGCUGUGGAUCCUGUCAUGGAGAAGUUCAACUCAUCCAUCACCUACGACCGGCACCUGUGGGAGGUGGACGUGCAGGGCAGCAAAGCCUACAGCCGAGGCCUGGAGAAGGCGGGGCUCCUCACCAAGGCCGAGAUGGACCAGAUACUGCAGGGCCUGGACAAGGUGGCUGAGGAGUGGGCCCAGGGUACCUUCAAACUACACCCCAGCGAUGAGGACAUCCACACAGCCAACGAGCGGCGCCUGAAGGAGCUCAUCGGCGAAACAGCAGGGAAGCUGCACACGGGACGCAGUCGGAACGACCAGGUGGUCACAGACCUCAGGCUGUGGAUGCGGCAGAACUGCUCCUCUCUCUCCGUCCUCCUCUGGGAGCUCAUCAGAACCAUGGUGGACCGGGCAGAGGCGGAGCGGGACAUCCUCUUCCCGGGGUACACACACCUGCAGAGGGCUCAGCCCAUCCGCUGGAGCCACUGGAUCCUGAGCCAUGCCGUGGCACUGACGAGAGACUCUGAGAGGCUGCUGGAGGUGCAGAAGCGGAUCAACGUCCUGCCCCUGGGGAGCGGAGCCAUUGCGGGCAACCCUCUGGGCGUGGACCGGGAGCUGCUCCGAAGAGAACUGAACUUUGGGGCCAUUACUCUAAACAGCAUGGAUGCCACCAGCGAGCGAGACUUUGUGGCUGAGUUCCUGUUCUGGGCUUCACUGUGCAUGACCCAUCUCAGCAGGAUGGCUGAGGACCUCAUCCUCUAUGGUACCAAGGAAUUCAGCUUUGUGCAGCUCUCUGAUGCCUACAGCACUGGAAGCAGCCUGAUGCCUCAGAAGAAAAACCCAGACAGCCUGGAGCUGAUCCGGAGCAAGGCGGGGCGAGUGUUUGGGCGGUGUGCUGGGCUCCUGAUGACCCUCAAGGGACUUCCAAGCACCUACAACAAGGACCUACAGGAGGACAAGGAAGCCGUGUUUGAAGUGUCAGACACCAUGAGUGCUGUCCUCCAGGUGGCCACUGGCGUCAUCUCCACACUGCAGGUUCGCGCUGAGAACAUGGCACAGGCGCUCAGCCCCGACAUGCUGGCCACCGACCUCGCCUACUACCUGGUGCGCAAGGGGAUGCCGUUCCGCCAGGCGCACGAGGCCUCCGGGAAAGCCGUGUUCAUGGCCGAGACCAAGGGGGUCGCCCUCAACCAGCUGUCGCUGCAGGAGCUGCAGACCAUCAGCCCCCUGUUCUCGGGCGACGUGGGCCGCGUGUGGGACUACGGGCACAGCGUGGAGCAGUACGACGCCCUGGGUGGCACGGCGCGUGCCAGCGUCGACUGGCAGAUCGGCCAGCUGCGGGCGCUGCUGCGGGCUCAGCGGGCCUAGACCCGAAUAAAGCGACCCGGGCAGCUGCUGCGUGUUUCCUGCCCUGCCUGUCUCCUCGUUGGGGGGCUUUCAGGGUCUGUGAGCGGCCAGUGGGGUCCAUCAAGGAGGUGGGGAAACUGGGCAAGGGUGGCGAGAGUCGGGGAUGGGGAAAGGAGGAGAGGGGCUCCCAUCAGACCCUCCGUACUGUCCAGUCCCCACUCCCCUCACUGCAGGGCAUCACAGGGACCGCCUGCUGUGAGUUCUUGGCAGGACUGGCGGGACCCUGGAGGGGCCCGAUGAGUAGCUCAGUCAUUUACCGUCCACCCCCUUCCUUCCCAGCGUGUGCAGGCCCCCCACCCUCCUCCUCCGCUUUCUUAACCUACCCUUCCCUGGCCCUUUCAGGUACCAUCGCAGGUUGUCCCUUGGGCUGAGGCCUGUGCCCUGGAAAGUGGCAUGGUGGUAAGCCCUGCAAGCGGAAGACAACUUGAUAUAAACUUGAGAGAAAUCAGCUCAACAGAUUGUGUGUGGACGCUGGUGCCCUCUGCUGUGUGGGCCACUCAGCUGGAACACCUGAUGCCACCACCGAAGACAGCCACACUGCAAACCGAGGAGUUCAUCUGAUUGCCACCACCUUCUUGCUCUACGACUAAAGAUGCUUUGAGCCCAACAUCUGGAAAUCUUUUUGACUGGCUGCUCUCUGGACUCAGAAACUGGGUUUCCAACUUUAAUCUUUGUUUUUCUUUUAUUUUCAUAGAAGUUCCCUUCAUGAAAUGCCUGACAGCUCAAAUCAUCCAAUAAAUAUCCUCUACUACCAAGUCCCAACAUAUGGUUCAACUUGUCCUUAAUGAACAAAAGGACCAGGAACCCAAGGAGGGUAUUUCCUUUCACUGCUGCUGUUCUACGUUGUACUAACAGUUCUAGUCAGUGAGACUAGACAAGAAGAAGAAACAAAAGGCCUCCAAAUUGGCUACAAA